UCUGCUAGUUUAGUUUCCUCUCCCUCGAUCGGCACUUUAGGACUGAUCGAUCAGCAACUCUGAAGAUGGAAUAUCUCAACAAAAAUGGCGUGUUGUCCUGCAACGGUGAUCAGUUCACAAAGAACGCUUACGUUGACACCACUUUGCGUUUGGAGUGCUUUGGUUAUGGAGGCAGCAUUAGUACUGCUGGAUUUGGAGAUGCUCGAAGUCGAACUAAUCCAGAAGACAUGCUUAUUCCUUCCAAUGCCCCUGACAGUGGUUGCAGAUUGGUACUUGGAUUAGGUCCGACACCAAGUACAUAUUCAGGUGCUAAACGCAAACGUUUGGUCCAUAUCGUGCAUCAGGGUUUGUUCUCGGAAAGUGAUUCCGUCCUAAGACUAGGCCGUUUCGGUGGGAAUGAGCAAGUUUCAGCCACAAUUGAGCACUCAGUUUCCACACAGACAAUUAAUCCAAAACCAACUCAUCUCCGUAAACACGUAUCCACAGAUGGAAAUAGACUUGGAAUUCCCAUUGCAGAUGAGGGUUCUUCCUCGGCCAAGAAAUCAUCAGGUGGAUAUAUGCCGCCGUACCUUCUUUUGGCUCCAGGAAUUGAUCCAACCAGAAAUCUCUUCCAAGCUCAAGAACUUCUAGAACCGAGGACCAAAUUCAGUUUCAGUCCUUCCCAGCUAAGCUCUGAUCAGCCUUCAGCUGCCAUCACAGAUUACUCAAUCAGCACUUUCUCUGGGGUAUCAUCCGAUCGCAGAAUCAGCAAUCCCAAGAGAUGCAAAUUCGAGGGGUGUUCGAAAGUGGCGCGAGGGGCAGCAGGUCUUUGUAUUGGCCACGGAGGCGGAGAGAGGUGCCAGAGACCUGGGUGUUAUAAAGGUGCUGACAGCAGAACCGCCUACUGUAAGGCUCACGGAGGUGGCAAGAGGUGCCAGCAACUGGGUUGUACCAAAAGUGCAGAAGGUAGGACAGAUUAUUGCAUAGCACACGGCGGCGGGAGGAGGUGCGGGCAUAAAGACGGGUGCACAAAGGCCGCACGGGGGAAAUCAGGACUUUGCGUUAGACACGGCGGUGGGAAAAGGUGUAAAGUAGAAGGCUGCACAAGAAGUGCCGAAGGGCAAAUCGACCUGUGCAUUGCCCACGGCGGGGGCCGCCGCUGCCACUUCAUUGGUUGCACCAAGGGGGCUCAGGGGAGCACCGUGUAUUGUAAAGCGCACGGCGGUGGAAAGCGGUGCGUGUUCGCCGGGUGCACCAAAGGUGCCGAGGGAAGCACGCCGUUGUGCAAGGGACACGGCGGGGGCAAGCGUUGCCUUCAUGAUGGUGGCGGGAUUUGCCCCAAGAGCGUGCACGGAGGCACGAGUUUCUGUGUCGCCCACGGUGGUGGGAAGAGGUGUUGUAUCCCAGGGUGCGGUAAGAGUGCGCGGGGACGAACAGAUUGCUGCGUGAAGCACGGUGGGGGGAAGCGUUGUGAGGUUGAAAACUGUGGGAAGGGUGCCCAAGGUAGCACGGAAUUCUGCAAGGCCCACGGCGGGGGGAAACGGUGCAACUGGGGAGACGGGAGAUGCGAAAAGCUAGCCAGAUCAGGGAAGAGCGGACUUUGUGCUGCUCACUGCAGUUUGGUCCAAAGGCUUGUGGUGGUUUUGGUGAAGAUGCUGGGGGUGGUGGCUCGGAUCUGUGGUGAUUCGGCGGCUGCUUUGGAGAUUGAGGGAGGAGACAGCUUUGGAUCCACGCUGAGGACGGCUCCAGAUUUUGGCAACUGGCGGCAGCUGAACGGAGAUGGUUGGGAUUCGAGGCUCAUGGCGGCUUUUGCGGCGGAGGCUUUCCGAUCGUUUUUGGGACUAGCGACAUACGGCGGGUUCACGGCGGUCUUGGUUUUCCUGGUGGCGGCGGCUUGGCGGUUCAGAUUCCAGUUUAGGGUUUUGAAUGUUUUUGGGCUUUAUUGUUGGGUUAAUCUCCUCGUAUUUGGGCUUUCAGGCCUUUUCAGGUGUCGGGCUUUGGUCAUUGGGAUUUUCUCCUUGGCCGAGCAGAAUGGCUCGUUCCAUUCCGAGCGUGAUCUAGUAACCGUGGCCGAGGGUCAGCAACCGUGGCCGAGGGUUCCUUUUGCCGAGGGUUCCUCUAAUUACAUCUUCUUUAAUACUCCAUUUCCUACACCUGCUCGGGAAGGAGGAUACGAUCGUUUCGAUAGCCGCCGAAGGUCCCACAACAUGCUUGGUGCCGAGCAUGGCUUAGUCGACGGUCCAGCUCAUCCGCUCUCAGAAAAGGAUGAUUUUUUUUGUGUUGAAAGGAAUGUGACACUCUGGAAUGGUUUCCAUUCACAAAGUAGGAGAGGAGUGCAAGGAAAAGAGAAAAACAAGGUGUUUGUAGUUGUAUCUGCAAUGUCUAUAUUAAAAGGGCUGCCCAUGCAAGAGGCUCCGUUACUACAGGACAUGGAAAAACAGUCACUGCAUUUACUAUGGUUGAGCGCGGUGGAUGAAAAUCUCCAUCAUUUUGUUCGUGAAUUUUUCGAAUCUUCCACCCUCAGCACCACUAGAGCUUGCUUUAUUUUUGAAGAAAUUGCAACCAGUUGA